UGUGGUGUUGAGAGUUGACUCGUGGGGUAAUUAGGAGUAGAUAGUCUUCAUACUCUCCCGAAAUUACAAAAGGCCUUACUUUAUAUGAGUGCAUCUUUUUCAUCAAAUAUGGUACCAUUUUUCUUUGAAAUUCCAGCUCGCCGUAAUAUGUUUACCGAGCUUUUUGACUCUCAUAUACUUCUUUCUUUUGCUAAAAUUGACCAAACUUUGAUAAGAAAGCAAAAAAGCAGGCCACGUAAGACGCCUAAUAUGGAAUAACUUCUUCUAGUUCUAGUCAAAAUGAGAGUGAAGCAAUAUUAUUUGUUAUGCCAUUCACAGUUUCACUAUAUUCUACUCGGUAGUUGACUCAUCACCACCAACCUAGCUCUUUCCAGUACUAUCAUGUCCACAUAAAUUCUUAGUACUAGAUUUAGAACCUAUAAUUAAUCAGAUCUUUUUAAUAAGUCCUUCACUACACUACCAACAGUACCAACGUCUUAAGAAUCUAAAUUUAGAUAAAUUCUCCUACUUUUGAUCAUGAAAACCUUACUCAUUUUCAUCAUUCUCUUAUUUCUAAUCAGUAUAGUCAAAGUUUCAAGCACCUCAAGAGUAGUACCCCAUAAUUCCAAACUGAAUAUUUCUAAAACCAAUCCUCCUAUUCCUUCCACCACCCAACAACCCAAAAACUGCAACAAGGUCAAAACAGUAAAAUUAUAUAAACCCAUCGCUCUUGCUUCCUCAGCAACUCUAUUAGCAAUAUUCUUCUUUCUUCUGGGUUUUACUAUGUUCUGGAGACUAAGAAGAAAAACUCAUCAUCAGCAGAUAAUAAAAAACGACGAAGAGAAAGCAUCUCUGUCUCCUAGAGUUGUCGUAACUGUGAAGAAUCAACAACACUGCCGUCGUUUUACCCUCGACGAGAUUCGAUCCGCAACCAACAACUUCGACCCCGAUCUCAAAAUCGGAGACGGUGGGUACGGAAGAGUUUACAAGGGUUACAUAGACAACGACAAAGAAAAUCCAGUGGCGAUCAAAGUGUUGAAGUUGAAAUCAACCUCAACUUCAACGUCGUUGAUCCAGGAAAUUCAUGCGUUUUGGCUCGAAAUCGAAACGAUUUCGAAACUCCGUCACUCUCAUUUGGUCUCUCUGAUUGGUUACUGUGAUGAUGAACGGUUCAUGAUCAUAGUUUAUAAAUACAUGGCACACGGAACACUCCGCGAUCAUCUUUACGGAACCGGUGGUCACGAAUCGAUUUUGACAUGGAAAGAGAGGUUAGAGAUCUGUAUAGGCGCGGCUCGUGGAUUGGCUUACCUUCAUUCAGCGACUGAGCGUGGGAUCAUCCACCGUGACGUAAAGACUAACAAUAUUCUUCUAGACGAGAAUUGGGUUGCGAAGGUUUCGGACUUUGGGCUUUCGAGAAUGGGCCCAAUAAGCCCAUCAAAAAGCCAUGUUACUACAACAGAUGCGAGUGGGACUUUUGGGUACUUGGACCCAGAAUACUUUCGAACUAGACAUCUCAAUGCUAAAUCUGAUGUGUAUGGAUUUGGGGUUGUGCUUUUUGAAGUAUUGUGUGGUAGAGCAGCUGUGGAUAUGAGCCUUGAUGAAGAACAACAGAGCUUGGCCCAAUGGGCUCAGUAUAAUGUGAAGAAUGGGACGCUUGAUCAAAUGGUGGAUGAGAAUUUGAGGGGUGAGAUUAGGCCAGAGUGUUUGAAGGUCUAUGGUAAGAUAGCUAAUAGAUGCUUGCGUAGUGAAAGGAAGCGACGGCCCACGAUGGCUGAUGUGUUGAAGGCUCUUGAGAUUGCACAGAGGGUGCAGGAAGGUGAUCCUGCAGCCGUGGAGGAGGGGAUUAAAAUUAGUGAGUCUAAUAGCAUUGAGGAAAAAAUUUCAUGUUGGGGUGGUGGAAAUCAGGUGGAUCUAAGCCCACCGUGUAAGGAUAUUAUGGUGAAUUCUUGUCCAACAGUACUUUGCGAGAAAACAAAGUCUCAGAAAAUGUUAGUGAGAUUUUUUAGUGAGAAGGCGGGGUUUAAAUGGGCCAUGCAACCAAGUUCUCGUGCUUUGAUUAAGGCUUUGUGUUUCAAGUGUUCGCAUACACUUAAGGAUCGUAGUGAAAGGAAAUAUGACCCUGUCUUAUAAUUCCCAUUGUAACUGAAUAGUGAAAAUUAAAUUGUUGAUACUUGAUCGUAUAAAUUAAA